AUGUCAGUGGCCGUUGUUGCAAUGACAGACACCGACUCCAGCAAUACGGACAUUCCGACAUUCGACUGGGACACGAAGAAAACGUCAUUGAUCCUCAGCUCCAUAUUAUGGGGCAGCGUGGUAGCUCAGGUGCCCUUCGGUUUCCUGAUAAUGAGGUACAACACUCAAAAGAUAGUAUGCAGCUGUUUAUUUUUCUGCAGCUUGACUUACCUAAUUACUCCGAUUUUGGCUCUAAAUCUUGGAUACGAUGCGGUUCUCUGCUGCACGAUCGCUACGGGUUUAGGACUUGCUUGCAUCGAUCCAGGUACUCAGACUCUGCUGUCCAAUUGGACGCCCGCUCCUGAAAAAGCAGCGUUAAGCUCUUUCGUGUUGAGCGGAGUAGUUUCGGGCACGGUGAUGUCCAUGCUGUUGGGUGGACUUCUCGCCAGUUCAAAGUUAGGCUGGCCAAGUAUUUUCUACGUAUUUGGUAUGAUCGGUUUUGCAUGGUCAGUGCUUUUUUACUUUUUCGGUGCGAAUUCGCCAUCCGAGCAUCCCAGAAUCAGUCUCGAGGAAGCGCAGUACAUUGAAAACAGUCUUUUGGCGUUGGAGAAACCUGCAGGUGCCAGAGAAAAACUUCGAUUCCCUUGGAGAGAUAUAUUGAAGUCCAUGCCGGUCUGGUCACUCCUGGUCUGUCUUUGCGGCCAUCUCUGGAGUUACUACGUUAUCACCACUCAACUUCCGACAUUCAUGAAAAAUGUUCUAAACUUUGACAUCCAAAAGGUUUGCGGUUUUAUUUCAUAA